AUGGUGAAGCAAGAACCACUGCCUUCAAGAAGUGCACCUAUCGCUGCCUCGCUACCGAUUGGACAGGGUCAUACUAUAAUGACUCCUGAACGUAAACACAGGAAACAACAGAAUGAUGACUAUGUGAAACUGAUACGUGAGCAGGAUCUCAGUGAUGAACGAAUAGCUGCCAUUCCUAUACCAGUUCCACAGGCUUUAAGCCUUGAUCCAAGUUUUCGAGCAGUAUCCGAGCAGCAAGUGGUGCAGCAAGUGGUUCAAAAUAAACGAUUCGAAGAGGUAGAUGUACGUGAAUCGAUGACACAUCUUUGCAAAAAGUUAGCUGAAAAACGGGUGUUCGGAUCAAAAUUGAUGGCCGAAACGACCGUCGCUGGUCUCAAUCAUUCGACAUUCCCGAAUCUACCGAUUGAAGGAAUCAUGUACAUACAACAUGUAUGUCGAAAAGUCCUCGGUGAUCGAUUCUCGAGUGAUGACGAUUUUUGGGAGAGCCUUCGUGAUUCGAUGCGUAAACUGGCUGCACGAUGUCGUCGUGUACGCCAUGCAAAGAAGACGAAGAGCUCACGUGAAGAAGGUGUUAUGUUGGCCAGUGAGCGAUCAGCGGGAUGGCCUGAAGGCAGUGUAGCGCAAACCCUUCAAAGCCUCAGUCUACCUGUAGAAAAACCCACCCAUUCUGUUCAAACCAUCCCGAUUUGCACAGAACGAAAGAUCAACGCUGACAUGAACGACUCGAAGUUGGCUGAAACACUUCAAAGUGGUCUGCAUGCGUUAGCUAAAGCUACGCUCUCGAAUCAGACGCUACCAGCCACCUUAGCAGAGAUGUCAUCAGCGUGGUCACUUCUGCAAUUGCACAAAAACACCGAAUCGCUAUUGCAGCGCGAGUUACGCUUUGAUGACGCUGCGUCGCCUUGA